GGUAUAACGAAAACCAUCUUUUGGAUUAAAAAUUUUAAAAAUGUGAAAGUGCUUGCGUAAUAAAUUACUGGUAAAUGUCAAAAUCAAACGGCAAGAUGAAUGAUGCACAGAGAAGCGUAUUACAGAGACAUUUCCGUCAGCUGUCCAACGACCUUAUCUUAACAGAUGACCUCCUUGGUGCUAUGUAUCAAAAGAAAAUAUUUGAGAGGAACAUGAUAGAACUUAUAAAGUCGGAGAAAACUGCAAGUGAGCAAGUUGUACGAAUGUUGGAAUUACUACCAAAACGAGGCCCUGAUGCCUUUGAGUCCUUUGUAGAAAUUAUUACAGAGAAUUAUCCAUGGUUGGCAGCCAUGUUGGAAAGCAGUUUGAAACAGGAAUCUAUGAAACAUAACCAGUCCAUGAGAGUAGAGUCAAUUAAAUCUGAAUACAUGAAUGAUCGAGCUGACUCAGUCCGUUUUUCUGACUACUUUGAACCAGAACCAGAUAUUAAAACAAAAGUUGCUUCUUUUGUUCACAAACAAUUUGGUCACAGCAAGCGGAUCUCUGAAAACGACAAAAAAGCAAUGUUUCGGUGGAUGUCAUCUCAGUUACAGACAGAGAGAAAAAGAUUUUCCUCAGCAACGAGUAGAACAUCCUCUGUUAUUCCCGCCCCUGUUCUUGUUGAUGUUGGGGUCAACACCGAUUUAAUAAAGGAAGAAAAAUCACAAUUUGAUAUGAGUCAGCUACAGCCCAGAAUUAAAAAAAUAUAUGAGAAAAUUCAACAAAUCAAGACUACAGCUAACUCUAAAAAUAGCCAACUGAAUUGUAAAUCGGCUAACGGUGUUGUUAUAACACCAAGGACACCUAAUGGUGCCCAAAGGCCUCCUCUUACGCCUGCAAGUUUUGAUACUGUUAUCAGUGAACUUGAUACAAUGGUUACACGCAUCGAAAAACUUGAAGAGGAAGUCAACAAAUGUCAUGUGAUGUUGAAUGAUAAAGAUAAAAAACUAUCGCUAUCGUUACAUAUUUACGACUUAUCGUUAACUAUUAAACAAAGAGACAAAGAACUCCAGCAGGAGAAACAAAAAUGUGAAAAAAUGUUGAAUGAACUGUAUGACUAUUCAAAGAAAGUUAAUCAGCUUGAUCAUGCUAGUAACAACCAAAAAUCAACAAUCGAUAAUCAAGCAGACGAGAUUGAGAAACUAAAAGCUGAACGAGAUAAAUUUUCUAAUCAAGUUUCACAUUUUGAAAAAAUAUCAAUGAUGCAUAGUGAAAAACAAAAGACAUUAGAAAAUUUAAAAAGUAUGGUGCGUGACCUUCAAAAUUCAAAGGAUGCAACACAACCUUCACAUUAUGAGCGUACAAAUAACCGAAUGUCACAGGAUUCUCGUAGCAGCCUACGGAAGUCAAAUGGAAUUAUGGGGAAAGCUUUACAAACAACAUCCCCAACGCGUUCAAGUAUUAGUCGACGUGGAGUACCAGAUGAAACUCCUCUAUCUUCAAGUCCUUCUCGUCGCUAUGGUUACAACAGACCGCAGCAAUAUAAACGUAAAACUUCCAAUUCCAUUUACAAAGUGUGAGAUUUUUUCAUUAAAUUUGUUUUCAUAA